AUGCUGCAAGUCCAAAAAGAAGUCGAUCGGUUCAUCAAAGAAGAAUCAGUGGAUAGCGAUGAUGGAGCAUUGCCACCAAAGUUGGAAGCAGGUAUUUAUUGAUAAUUAUCAUUUUUAUCAACAAAAAAACAUAAAAAUGAAAUUUUAACAUUUAGAAAAAUUGACUGGUGAAGCGGAAGAAGAGGAAAAUGAUGUCGGCUCAUCGAAUCCAAAAUUGGUCAAAACUUUGGCAGAUCUUCUCAAAGACCAAUAUGAUAACAGUGAUGAUAAGGAAAAAUCGCCAGAAUCGGAUAUUUCAGAGCCCCCACCGAAAUUAUCAGUUUGUAAGGAUAAAAAUAUAACUAGCGAAGCAGAUAAUCAUUUUUAAUUUCAGCCGAAUUUUCAGCCGAACGACGUCCAUCAACUUCUUCAUCUUCAAAUAAUACGUCUGCAUUUUUAGAGGUUGUUGGUAGGAAUUAUAUAGUCACACCAAAAGUGGCGAAUUUGCGACAAACAAGAUCUACGGGAAAAAGAAGUUGGUUUUUAGAUUUUUGCGGGGAAUAAAGGAGCAGAAUUUUCAGGGUAGAAACAGUGGGAAAGAGUAUUUGUAGAAGUCGAGGAGAGACACAUUGAGAAAUGUUUUCUACUUACAAAUCGUUUUUAAAAAUUCCAUUUCCCUUUGAAUUAAAGUAGAGUUCUUGAAAGUUUGGGUCUCACCAAGAAUUAUCCAUGCACCUUCAAGUUAAAAAAUUAACAUUUUGCAGCUCAUUCCCCUGCUCAAUCAUCAACCCCCUCCUCGUCUUCCAAAAGAUCAACCCGACUAUCCGUCGGAAAACUGGGUCUAACUCAAAUUCUCCAAAACCAAGAACCAAUUCGUGUUGAUGUUCAAGUCGGAAGCGGUUCACCACCCGAAACAUCUCUAAAUUUCCAUGCUGGCCAAACAUCGUCAUCCAGCAAUGAUCACGCAGACAAUUCGGCCAUGGAAUCAACACCUUCACCAAAUGGAUUUUUGAGAAAUGCGGCGGAAAAGGAAUCGAACGAGGAAUAUCCGGAAAAUCUACGAAAUGCGCUGAGAAAUUGUGGACUUCCGGAGAAAAUUGCGAAGGAAACAUCUACUCAUAAUAUGCUUAUUGGUGAGUUGGAAAAAAAAAAAAAAGAAAAUUGUGAGAAGAAAAUGUGCUCCCUGAAAUUUUCAAAAUUUAUUGAACGACCGAUUGAAAAUUAUAAUAAUUUAUUUAUAAAUUAUUCUUUCAGGUUGCAUGGUUAUGAAUGGAUUGAACACACUUACGAGACAACGCGGCGGAAAAGUCGCCAAUUUUUUUCGAGACGAUCUCUUUGCCAUCUUCAAAAAAUACAAUAUUCAGUAGAUUCUUUCAUUGCUCAAUUUCACUUCUUUCCUUCUUUCCAUCUUCGUCUUCUUCCAUAUCGCUUUAUGUAUUCUUUUUAUUCCCGAUGUUUUAUUGAUUUUUUGUGAUUUUCAUUUUUUUUUUCGUGUGUAAGUUUUUGAAUUUUUCUAUGUAUGAAGUUUUAUUUUUUUUUAAUUUCAUCAAUCUUGAAAAUCAAAUUGACAAUAUCAAAUUUCCAGAAAAAUUCAAGAAAAAUUGUGGGUUGCGGUUGAUGGGCGGUUUGGAACGUGGAAAUCAGCGCUUGCAGAAUACGAAUUGCUCGUCUUGCGGGGUUUUAUGUAGAAGCUGCAGCUUGACUGAUAAAAAUCAUGCAGCUCGGAGACUGCAGACGAUGUACUUCUUGCAAUGUUUGCGAAACUGCUUGCGUUGACGGAAGAUAGUGAUUGUGGUGAAUUGGAUGGUGGUGAGUGGUUAUGA